CACGCAUAUUCAGGUAAUUUCAGACAGUUUAUUAAUGAUCGUUUGUUCCAGUUACGUAGUCGGGACAAGGAGUUUUCCUGCAAGACACGCGAUUCCAAAUUGUUCCAGUGGGAAACGUCAGAGACGAACAAGGAAGAUAUAUAGAUUGUUAUCAAAUGGGAAGAUGGCGUGCAUUAAAUUCGACAGCAACUUUCCGCUGGGACCAACAUUCUCUGUCACACUUAAAGGAUCACCUGUGGUUCCAGACGUUUCGGACAUCUUGUACAUCCACUCUUCCUGUAGCUAUUUCUAUCACAAAACAGACAGUCAAAAAGGUUUGCAGUGUGUUCUUGGUCACUUCAUCAUUCUUGCAGACAAGCCAGUUAGCAAGACACCUUAAAGAACGUUCGAUGCUUUCAUGGAGUUUUAGCUUGAAGGCGGAAAGCUCCCACUAAUACCUUCCUAGUACAGGAGGAUCUGACAUGCACUAAAAUGAUGGCAAAUUUAUCUUGUCUGGUCCGGAGUUCAUGUAAUUCCCUCGGUCGAAAGCACGAGAAAGAAAGCUAAUCCUUUCGAAGUUAAAGCUGGUUUCACUGCUGGCCGUUAACACGCAGUAUAUUUCUUGACCAUUUUCAACAGCACAGCUUAUUGAGGUUUGUGUAUCAAACUAAUCCGAACUGAAUAGACGAAAAUUCUUGUCUAUAAUUGCGAAAAUCUAUGACAUUUAUUUCAGCCUAUGAAGGAGGAAGAGACAGAAAAGAAAAUGGAAGCUGGUGAAUUAAAUUUUUUUUUCGAUCAAAGAGGUUUUACUCCCACUUUAAUAUAUAUGGUUGGUA